AUGUGCCUCGGCAACAUUCCCUCGGAGGCGCCGUCGCCACCGGCGGACGGGUGCCAACCGGUGGCUCGCAGCGGGGGACCGAUGGAGGCUCUGGCAACCGCCGCAGAGCCGUGUCCCAAAGUAGACAGCCGGAGAAUGUACAGGCCGCGCCGGGCGCCCGAUCGGGAAAGGAAAGGAAGCGGCCACUCUCCCCCAAAGCCGUCGAACUCGGCGAUGCAGGCGCAGUGCAAGGAAGGAAGGAAGCAGACCGACUGCCAAGGAAAGCUUCUAUCGACGGGAAGGGCAGGGCAGGGCAGGGCAGGGCGCGAGGAAGACGACGACGACGACAGCCGAUGGCGUUAA